GGCGGCGUCACAUGCGAUAAGAGCGCGGAGCGCUGCGCGCCUAUUCUUAGCGCUGGAAUGUACACAAUGCCCGCGCCCGCCGCUCCUGCGCAGCCCCGGCAGCGGCGGCACCGGCUGCGGCAUAAACACGGCCAGAAAGCACCCUCUAUGAAUCACCUACCUACUGAAAGAAACUUCCCGUGGGUUUAUAGGGUUUUGUCCAGGCUCUAGCUGUGGAAAAACUCAGCAGAGAAUAAACGACAGAGAGUAAGUGCAUGCAGUGAAGGACAACAGAAGUGAACAGAUAUUUACAGCAACAUCAAAGUCCUGAGUUGUUCCCUUGGAGCUGGAUUUUUCAAUAAAAGCUGCUAAGAAUUUGGGGUUUUUUUCUGCCAAGUCCAAAAUUCAUCUCUCUCACAUUUUGCUAUGGAAGAGGGAUCCACUGAAGAGUUUCUCUUCAAAGACCAGGACUUCUCCUCUGAACUGCUGAGGCAGCUGAAUGCUCUGCGGCAGAGCAGGAUGCUGACCGAUGUUACCCUCUGCUCCGGGAGCUUUGAAAUCCCCUGUCACCGAAAUGUGCUGGCUUCCAGCAGCCCAUACUUCAAGGCAAUGUUCUGUAACAACUUCAGGGAGAGUCACCAGCCUAAAGUCAUUCUAAAGGGCAUCGACGCUGAUAUUUUGGAUCAGAUUAUCCUUUAUGUUUACACUGGGGAGAUUCUCAUAUCCACUGAGAAUGUCUUGUGCCUCUUGGAGACUGCAUCCAUGCUGCAGUACACUAAGCUGUUUGAGGCCUGCUCUACCUACCUCCAAGACAAGCUGACCCCUGACAACUGCCUGAGCAUGAUCAGACUGGCAAAAAUCUUGAACUGCCAAAGCCUGAAUAAGAAAGCCAAGGCUAUGGCUUUGAAAUGUUUUCCCUUGGUGGCCUCUUCUGAGGACCUGAAGGACCUCUGUCCCAUGGAGCUGAUCGAUUACCUUGGGGAUGAUGAACUCUGUGGGGAGGAGGAGCAGGUCUUUGAGGCACUGAUGGUCUGGAUCCGGCACGACCUCCAGGCACGACAAGGCUACAUCCAAGAGUUGUUCAAGAAGGUCCGACUUCAGUACGUCCAUCCAACCUUCCUCUUCCAUUUCAUUGCUAAUGACUCGCUCGUUCAGGCCUCACCCACUUGCAGGAGCAUCCUGGAGUCAGCCCGGAGACACAUGUUUUCCUUGUACAGCACCAACACGCCUGACAUCAAACCCAUGAUGCACGUCCCUCGCAGGUACUCCAACCAAGAGUUCCUCAUCAUCAUUGGUGGCAGGAAGGACAGCCAGCAGACAACAAGGGAUGUCCUGCUUUAUGAUGACAAGACGAACCAAUGGCUGAGCCUGGCCAAACUUCCCAUGCGCCUCUACAAAGCCUCUGCAGUGAGUUUACACAGCAAUAUUUUUGUGCUCGGAGGGAUGCCUGUUAGCAAUAAGAAAAGUCUGGUCAGUGGUAAUAUUUACAUUUACUCCCUCAAACUCAAUCAGUGGAGGUUGAUUGAGCACAUGCUAGCUCCACGUUACUCCCACAGAAGCCUGGCAUAUAAAAAUUAUAUUUUCUCAUUCGGUGGAAUUGGUGAAAACCAGGAAAUCCUGAAUUCUGUGGAAAGAUAUGAUAGUGUCUACAACACCUGUGAGAGCAUGGCAAACAUGCCUGUUGCCGUCCUUCACCCUGCUGUUGCUGCCAAAGAUCAGAGGGUUUACCUCUUUGGGGGAGAAGAUAUAAUGCAAAACCCUGUUCGGCUUAUCCAGGUUUACCAUGUUUCCAGGAAUACGUGGUUUCGUAUGGAGACCAGAGUAGUGAAGAAUGUCUGUGCACCAGCUAUUGUGAUUGGAGACCAGAUUAUCAUCGUAGGUGGGUACACCCGGAGAAUAAUUGCUUAUGAUACAAAAGGCAACAAGUUUGUUAAAUGUGCAGACAUGAAGGACAGACGAAUGCAUCAUGGGGCCACUGUCAUCAAGAACAAGCUGUAUGUCACAGGAGGACGAUGUCUCACCUCAGAUAAUGUCAUCAAGGACCUGGAUUCCUUGGACUGCUAUGAUCCAGAGACUGACACUUGGACACAAAAGGGAAAACUGCCACACAAACUCUUUGACCAUGGGUGCCUGACACUCCAGUGUGUCCCCUGUUCUAACCUUCUCUAAACAACUCUUGGUACUUCCUUGAUAUUUUGUGCUUUUCUUCCCAGAAAGAACCCACCUCACUCUGCAGAGAGCACAUGGGGAAUCUUCAUGGGGUCACACAAAGUCCUGACCUUGAAGGCACCAGCAGUGUUAGUCCUUCCAGCCCCUGUGCCAGAAAGGCCAUGAGCUUUGCUCACACUGUAUUCACCUGGCUGAUAUUGCAUGUGGUGCUGUUGAGUCCAGUCUGGAGGCCUUACCCAGCAUCUCAGGAGGAAACAGGAGAAAGAUACUGGCUAAGAACCAGUGUGGGAGUUGUCCUUGUACAGACUUUAGAAGUGAAGGGGGAUGCUGCUAUCUCCAGGCAGUAAGAUCUUUGCUGUCAUGCAAACUCAGCUGCCUGCCACAGCCCUGUGCUGCUCAUUGCUGACCGAGCUUUCCUUUCCAGUGGUGGCAGUGCUUAGAAUAGGAAGCCCCAAGCUCCAGUCUUGUAGCCAGCCCAGGAGCAGCUGCCUGAGUUUGCUGUGGUAGUCAGCUCAUAAGAAAUAAAAUUUUAAUGUUCCUAUCAGCUAAUUAAAAA